AUAACACAUUCGAAUUUAGAGAGUUCUCCCGUUGAAAAAGAAGAAGGGUAUAAGAACCAAAGAAAAGCUCUAGAUAGCAAAAUCCCUUGCCAGAAGUUGCCAGAAGUUCGGACAUGGGGGUAUGCAUAAGGACAUGCACCGAGCCAGGGCUGACACUUCGCUAAAUUCCCUACCGUCUGGGGGAACUGACAGUACUCCGUAUAUUCGCUUUGUACUGGCUUCGCGCGAAAUUCGUUCUUAUCAGUCAAGCAGACCAGAUUUAGGACAGUCCACGAGCCAUGCGCACCAUGAAUAAUAGCACUGUAAGAGACUCUUGUAACGGCUUCGAAUGAUGGCUAAUCUACUUGCUUCCCUUCGGAAACUUAGGACUCUUUUAGCAGCAGGCAAUAUCUUUCUUACAUUUGCAAUGCUCAGCGCUUCAUCCUCGAUACAGACCUUGGUCCGCUCUUCCAGAACAAUGCCGCAUUCGGACAUAGAACUCGCAGACCUGCUCGGGAAACAUGGAACCUCGGCAACGGGGACUGUCAAAACACUGAAACUUGGAUUGGUAUAUCCUCAGGGUAGAAAAGCUCGAUUGUCUCUGAGUCAACUAAUGACCCUCGGAUGUUGGACUGACUGUAUGAAGAGCGAUUAGUGCGAGUACAUGAAGUCUCCUAGGCUUCAAGUAUCUCAGAGAAUGUCUUCCCUCGAAAUUAGAUACCUCCAAUAGUCUGCACAGUAUGUAGCUCUUGAUAAGAGCACCUUGGCACCUGGCAAUCACGAUCUUGGAACGGUCCUUCUGGCCCCUAGCGCGGCGUGAGAUGAUGACCAUAGUGGCAUGGACUCAUGAUACUAAGUAGAGAAGUCGACA